AUGAAAAAAUGGAUUAUAUCGCUAAAUUUACUGUAUUAUAUUACAUUUUUCCAUCAGUGGAAUUUUGUAGAAUCUCAGCCUGUAAAAGGUGCUUCUACAACACCUGAUUCUGCUGAGUCAUCAGAUACAUCUUCAGUCAGUCAUGUUACUCUUGACGUAAACUCUAGUCAGUCCACUAAUGACUUUGAGUACUUAAGGAAUGCUGAAUUUAGGACAUUCACUCCUAAAGCUGGUCAUGUAUUCAGUAAGGUAAUGAUGGAUAAUGCUGAACUAUGGUCUGCUAAACCGGGAGAUCACGCACUUAAGGCAGUACUCAUGGGUUCAGGUAAUAAGCCGAAACACCUUGCCUUACUCCUUCAGAGUGGUAACUUUGUACUAUUAUAUAAUUCUGAUAUGGAUAAACCUUGGGAUGACCUAACUGCUGAUAAACAGGAUGUCACUAAGCUUAAGUUCCUUGGUGACAAUGAUGCUGAGCUCACCAAGUCUGAUUACAAAGUUGAUUUAGUAGAUCUAUCAUUCACCUUCGCAUUCAACACAGGAGUCGUCUGUAAGAAGGUCACAUACAGUGAUACUCCACUUUGGUCACAUAGCGAUGAUUCUAAGUUUGCAUCAUUAAAGUCACUUGCUUUAGAUCUUGCCAAAGAUAAGUUCUUUGUCAAGAAUUCCUCAGAUGAAACUAAGGAACUCACCAAAGCUAAGGUCACUGUUGACCUCAAUGCUACUCAGUCCACAAAUGAGUUUGAAUAUAGUGAACAGAAUGGUGUUGUCACAUACACACCUAAAUCUUGCCGUGUAUUCAACAAGGUUAUGGAUGCCACCAAAGUUGUUUGUCAAUCCAGUGAUGAUGUAUAUGGUACCUUGGUUAGGACUAAGACUGUGGAUAGUGUGAAAUUCCUCGUUGUCCUACUUGAUAACCAUAUGUUCAAACUAUUCCAUCUUGAUUCUGGUGAAUGGCAUGAUCUUACCAAAGAUAGGUUGGAUGUCUCUAAACUUAGAUUCUUCGGUGAGAAUGGUUCUGAACUCAAGUCUUCAAACUUAGAAGUUUCCUUAGUUGAUUUAUCAUAUACCUUCACUUUCAAGUCUAAUGUCAAAUGUAGAAUGGUCAAGCUAUUAGAACUUGAGGUUUGGAAACACUGUGAUGAUUCUGCAUUUGGUGAAUUAAAGUCACUUCACCUAGAUCUUCCAUCAAAUAAGUUAUUUGUCAAGAAUUCCUCAGAUGAAUCAAAGGAACUCUCUGUUAAGGUAGCCCUUGAUGUUAAUGUUACUGAGUCCACAGAUAAGUUUGACUUUAGUGAACAUAACGGUCUUGUUACAUUCACACCUAAACCUGACCAUGUAUUCUCUAAGGUAUCUCAGGGUACCACUGUAGUCUGGGAAUCCAGUGGUUGUCUCUAUGGUUCAUUGGUCAUGUCAAAGACUAAGGCUGUUAAAUUCCUAGCCGUCCUAAUGACUAAUAGUUCAUUCUCACUGUUCCACCUAGAUGAUGGUAACUGGAAAGAUGUCACUUCUAUGAGACAUGAUGUUACUAAGCUGAAAUUCUAUGGUGAGAAUGAUUCUGUUCUCUCAUCAUCAGAUUUCGAGGUUAUGUUAGUCAACCUAUCCUAUACGUACAUGUUCAAUGAUGCUUCGAAGUGUAAGAAGGUCUUGUUAGGAGAUCUUGAGCUUUGGAAACAUAGUGAUGACUCCAGUUUCUCAUUAAAGAAACUUUCACUUGAUCUUCCUUCAAAUAAAUUCAGUGUCAUGAAUUCCUCUGAUGAGUCAAAGGAAGUUACUGUCAAGGCCUCUGUUGACGUAGAGAAGACUGAGAGUACUGAUCAGUUCCAUCACUCCAGCCAUGCUGAAUAUACUACAUUCCAACCUAGGUCCGGCUUUGUAUUCACCAAAGUAUCACAUGGAACUAGUCUUGUUUGGGAAUCCACUGAUGGUGUCUUUGGUACCUUAGUAAGAACUAAGACCACUCAUGAUGGUAGGUUACUUGCUGUCCUACUUACCAAUCAUAGUUUCAAAUUCUUCAAUGAGGAGUCUGGUCAGUGGAAAGAUCUCAGUGAUUCUAGACGUGAUGUUUCUAAGCUCAAGUUCCUUGGAGAGAAUGAUGCUGAACUAACUUCCUCUCACUACAAGGUUAUGUUAGUCGACCUAUUAUUUACCUACUCAUUCAAUCCUGAUGUAGACUGCAGAAAGGUCAAGUAUGGUAAUGAAUUUGUUUGGAAGAAUACUGAUGAUAAAAAUUUUCAGUCCAUGAAGUCACUUUCACUGGACCUUCCUAAUGACAAGUUCUUUGUCAAGAAUUCUUCAAAUCAGACUAAGCAGGUAGGUGUCAAGGUCGCCCUUGAUGUCACGAAGAGUCAGUCUACCAGUGAGUUCCAUCACAGUGAACAGAGUGGAGUCGUUACAUUCACACCUACACCUGGCCAUAUGUUCAGUAAGGUAUCUCAUGGUACCGAUCCUGUCUGGGAAUCCUUGGAUGUCUGCAGUACCUUGGUAAGAACCAAGACUGUGGACAGUGUUAAAUUCCUAGCCGUCUUAAUGACCAAUAAUAUGUUCAAACUCUUCAAACUUGAGGAAGGCAAGUUUAAUGAUGUAACUUCUAAGAGGCAUGAUGUUAAGAUGCUCAGAUUCCUUGGUGAAAAUGAUGUUGACCUUAUGUUGUCUGACUUCUUAGUAACUGUCGUUGACCUAUCAUAUAAAUUCACAUUCAAAGAUGGAGUCAAAUGUCUUGCCGUUAAGUACUCCAAUCGUGUUGUUUGGAGACAUACUGACGACCCCUCAUUUGGUGAAUUAAAGUCACUUCAACUAGAUCUUCCAACUAAUAGAUUCCUCGUAAAAAAUUCCUCUGGUGAGUCAAAGGAACUCAACAUCAAUGUUGGUCUUGACCUAACGACUAGUCACAGCACUGGUCAGUUCAACUUCAAUGAAGACAGUGGUGUAGUUACUUUCAGUCCUAAGCCUGGUUAUGUAUUCUACAAGGUAUCUGACGGCCCCAAGGAUGUUUGGGAAUCUACAGAUGCCUAUGGUACCUUGGCUAUGACUAAGUCUGUAGAUGAUAAGAAAUUCCUAGGUCUACUACUUGAAAAUAGUUUGUUCAAAGUAUUACAUCUAGUGUCUGGUGAGUGGCAGGAUCUCACUGCUUCCAGACGUGAUGUCUCUAAACUUAAGUUCCUCGGUGACAACGAUAGUGAACUGGCCAAGACUUCGUAUGAUGUUUCCUUACAUGAUUUAUCAUAUACCUUCUCAUUCAAGUCUGGAGCCAAUUGUAAAAAGGUAACAUACAGUGAUGUUCCAAUGUGGACACACACUGACGAUCCUAAGUUCUCAUCAUUGAAAUCACUUUCACUAGAUCUUCCUAAGGACAAGUUCUUUGUCAAGAAUUCCUCAGAUGAGAAAAAGGAACUUACCGUCAAGCUAGCUCUAGAUGUUAAUGCUACUCAGUCUACCACUGAGUUCAUGCAUUCAGAUAAGGAUGGAUUUGUCACAUUCACUCCUAAGCCUGAUCAUUUGUUCACAAAGUUAUCGGAUGAUACCACACACGUUUGGGAUUCCAAGAAUAGUGUCUUUGCUACCAUGGUUAUGACAAAGUCUAUGCAUGACGGGAGAUAUCUAGCUCUCCUACUUACUGACAAUAAAUUCGAGUUAUACCAUCAUGACGGUACUAAUUGGAAGAAUCUAACUUCUAAGAGACAUGACGUCACUAAGCUCAAGUUGUAUGCAGAUAACAAUGUUGAGCUCAAGUCAACUGACUAUACAUUAACAUUAUCUAACCUAUCCUUUACUUACACAUUCAAGGCUGGUGUCAACUGCAGAAAGGUCAGGCAUGGUAAUGAUUUUGUUUGGACAUACAAUGAUGAUAAAAGUUUUCAAUCCUUAAAGUCAUUUUCACUCAAUCUUCCUUCUAACAGAUUCUAUGUCACAAGUCCUUCAGAUGAUACAAAGGAAGUCGCUAUAAAGGCUAAUGUUGACGUUAACUCUACUCAAAAUACUGAUGAAUGUUUGCGUAGAUACGAUCAUGGAGUUGCUACAUACACUCCUAAUCCUGGCUAUGUGUUUGCUAAGAUAUCUCAAGGCACUACUACUGUUUGGAAUUCUAGGGAUAAUGUCUAUGCAACUUUGCUCAUGACAAAGACUGUAGGGAAUCAGAAAUACCUUGCCGUCCUAAUGGAUAAUAAUACUUUCAAAUUUUUCAAUGAGGUUUCGAAUAAGUUUACCGACACAACCUCUUCCAAACGCGAUGUUUCUAAACUCAAAUUCCUUGCUGAUUCUGAUGUUGAACUCACUGCAUCUGAAUACUCAGUUUCAUUACAUGAUCUGUCAUUUACCUACUCAUUCAAUGAUGGUGUCAAAUUUCACACCGUGAAGUAUGAUGAACGUGUUCUUUGGAAACAUACUGACGAUCCUGAAUAUGCUGAGUUAAAGUCACUUUCUCUAGAUCUUCCAAACAACAAAUUCAGUGUCAAGAAUUUCUUAGAUCAGACAAAGGAAGUACUUAUCAACGUCACCCUUGACCUAAGUAAGACUAGGACCAACACCGCUGAGCUCGAAUACACUGCCACUACCGACUCCGUUACUUACGCUCCUAAGGAUGGCUUUGUUCUAACCACUGUUGUUGAUGGAACAAAGGUGGUUUGGGAAUCCUCUUAUGGUCUAUUUAGUAAGCUAGUAAGAACUAAGACGGUAAAUAAUGUUAAAUUCCUCGUUGUCCUACUUGAAGAUAAUAUGUUCUUACUAUUCCAUUUGGACGGUGGUGAUUGGCACGAUGUUACUGGUGAGAGACAUGAUGUCAAUAAACUCAAGUUCCUUGGUGAUAAUGAUGUUGAGCUCUCCAAGACUGACUAUGCUGUUUCCUUACUUGAUCUCUCAUAUACCUACACAUUCAAAGCUAAUGUUAAGUGUAGAAAGGUCAUGCUAGAUGAUCUUGAUGUUUGGACAUAUAGUGAUGAUACUAAGUUUGCAGAAUUAAAGUCACUUUCACUAGAUCUUCCUAAGAACCAAUUUAGUGUCAUGAAUACAUCUAAUAAUAAAAAGGAACUUACUCUCAAGGUUGCCCUUGAUGUUAACGCUAAUCAGUCUACCGAUCAGUUCGACUUUACUGACCAUAAUGGAGUAGUUACAUAUACACCUAAGUCUGACCAUAUGUUCAGUAAAGUAGUGGAUGGUACCAAGGUUGUAUUCCAGUCUACUGAUGCCUAUGGUACCUUGGUAAUGACAAAGACUGUGGAUGAUAAGAAAUUCCUUGCCAUGCUACUGACUGAUAAGUUGUUCAAACUAUUCCAUCUAGACGGUAAUGAGUGGAAAGAUGUCACUUCUUCUAGACAUGAUGUUAAGAAGCUCAAGUUCUUUGGAGAUAACGAUGUUGAGCUUGCCUCAUCUCUCUAUGAUGUUACCUUACAUGACCUAUCAUAUAGAUAUACCUUCAAAACUAAUGCCAGAUGUAAGAAGGUUAAGCAUGAUGGUCGUGAUGUUUGGAAACAUGAUGACGACGCUAAGUUUUCUGAAUUAACUACAUUUUCACUAGAUCUCCCUAAGAACCAAUUCUUUGCCAACUCCUCAGAACAGACUAGGGAACUUACUGUAAAGGUUUCCCUUGAUGUAAAUGCUAGUGCUAGUACCAAUGAGUUUGACUACUCCACUGAAAAUAAUUUUCACACAUUCACGGGAAAGGGAGGUCAUGUGUUCAGUAAGGUAGUCAAGGGUUCCAAAGAAGUCUUUCAAUCCACUGGUAAUGUUCAUGCUUCUUUGGUAAGAGCUACUGAUGACCAGAAAUUCCUUGUUGUCUUGCUGACUAAUAAGAUGUUCAAAGUGUUCCAACUCGAUGAUAAUGACUGGAAGGAUGUAACCUCUGAUGUGCAUGAUGUUACCAAGCUUAAAUUCUUUGGAGAUGCUGAUUCUGAUCUCACUGUAUCUGACUUUUCAGUUUCAUUACAUGACCUAUCCUAUGAAUUCUUGUUUAAGUCUGGUGUCAACUGUAGAAAGGUUAUGUUAGGAGAUGAUCGUCUUGUUUGGUCACACAGUGACGAUAGUAGGUUUGAGUCCAUGAAGUCACUUUCUCUAGAUCUUUUUAAAAAUAAAUUCUUUGUUAAAAACUCCUUAGAUCAGUCUAAGCAACUUGGUGUCAAGGUAACCCUUGAUGCUCAUAAGACUGAGUCCACAGAUUAUUAUACCUUCAAUGAUCAGAGUGGUUUCUUCACAUUCAAACCUAACGAUGAUCAUGUAUUCAACAAGGUAUCUCAUGGUCCUAAGCUAGUUUGGGAAUCCACUGGUGGUCUCUGCAGUAAGCUUGUAAGAACUAAUAAUGACAAGAAUUACCUGGUUGUCCUACUUACCAAUAAUAUGUUCAAGCUAUUCAGAAAUGACCAAGGUGACUGGGAAGAUCUAACUUCUAAGAGACAUGAUGUUUCUUUGCUUAGGUUCUUUGGAGAUAAUGAUGCUCAACUAAGCUCAUCUGACUUCAAGGUUACAUUAGUCGACUACUUCUAUAGAUUCACAUUCAAUUCUGGUGUCAAAUGUCUAAAGGUCACAUUUGAUAAUAUGCCUUUAUGGAGACAUACUGAUGACUCUUCAUUUGGUGAAUUAAAGUCACUUCAUCUUGAUCUUCCAACUAACAAGUUAUUUGUUAAGAAUACCUCAGAUCAGUCUAAGGAACUUGUCAAACCUACCACAGUCUCUCUGGACCUAGAGAAAACUGAGUCUAGUGAUGAGUUCGAAUAUAGUGAUCAGAAUGGUGUUGUUACAUUCACCGCUAAGCCUAGCCACGUAUUCAGUAAGGUGGUUGAAGGCCCCAAGGCUGUCUGGGAAUCCAGUGAUGAUGUCUUUGGUACCAUGGUUAUGACUAAGGAUAAUGAAGGUGUCAGAUACCUUGCUCUCCUACUGGAUAAUCAUUUGUUCAAAGUAUUCAAAGAGGAUGCCAGCAAGUGGAAAGAUGUAACCCUUAAUAGACCAGAUGUCUCUAGACUUAAAUUCCUCGGAGACAAUGAUGCUGUUCUCAAGCCGUCAGACUAUACAGUUUCCUUAUCCAACUUCUCAUUUACCUACCACUUCAAUUCUGGAGUCAACUGCAAGAAGGUCUUGUUUGGAGACUCUGAGGUUUGGAAAGACUCUGAAGAUCCUAAGUUCUCAUCAUUGAAGUCAUUUUCACUAGGUCUUUGUUCUAAGAGAUUCUACGUCAAGAACCUUGAUAAUCAAUGUAAGAGACUACCAUUCGAACCAAAACCAGCUAAGGAAACAUCAGCUCCAGCUCCAUCACCUACCAACUUAUAUCCCUAUUAA